UUUAAUUCAACGCAGACAAAUUACGUAUUCUUUAGAAAUGCUAAUUGUAAUCAUUCUCGAUUUACGUCCGUUUUUCUAUUAAAUUGUUGCAAGAUAUAUUGAGCGAUAAGCAAUACGAAUCCAAGCAAACGAUUUUGUUUUAAUUUCCAAUAAAGCCAAACGUAAGUAAUGCAAACAUUGACAAAUGAAACAACAACAGAGGACGAAGGAAAUGAGAGUGAUGUAGCAAAAUCUGGAAAAGGAAUUUUUCUUUCGGCAAUAACUGUAGCUACGAUAAUUGGAAAUUCUUUAUCACUACUGGCACUGAUUGUGACCAAGAAAUGGAAUACACGAUAUUUGAUUGUGAAUUUAGCUACAACAGAUUUAUUAUUGGGUUUAAUGGUCAUGCCAUUUUCUACAAUUUCGGCCAUUAAAAACCGAUGGCUUUUCAAUCGAUAUUUGUGUGAUGCUCAAGGCAGCCUGGGAUUUCUACUGUGUCAAGUGUCUGUUCUGACAAUUACCUGUGUGAGUAUGGAACGAUACAUUCUCUUUCAACAUGCGAGUACUCAUUUUAAGUGGAUGAAAUCAAACUCCAAACUUAUGCUAUGGGUCGUGAUUGUAACUUGGUUCUAUGGAGGAAUGUGGACAUUUCUUGCGUGGCAAAUACCACAAUUCUCGUAUCAAAGAGAGCUGUUGAAUUGCGCAGUUGUUUGGCGAAACAACUUUCACUUUACCAUUUCCUGUGGCGUUAUAACUAUGGUAAUACCAAUUAGUUUGAUUUUGUGCUGCAACUUCAGAGUUACCAUAAAAGUGAGAAAAACGCUAAAAAAAAUUAAUUUGAGUCGAGCACGCUCAGAAAGCGUUGCGAUGAAACGGAGCAUUGCGGAAGUUAAAAUCUCACGCAUGUUGUUGGCUGUUACUGUUGCAUUUCUCCUUUGCUGGACACCAUAUUCAUUGGCAGGACUUAGCUAUCUCAUAUCUGAAUGCAAAUGGCCAAAACAAUUUUAUGUCGCUAGCGUUAUUUCUUGCCUUUUAAACAGCGCAAUUAACCCAGUUUUAUAUGGAACAUUUGACAGACGUUGUCGACAUGCUCUUGCACACAUAUUUUGUAAAAGAAUGUUGAGAAAGCCGACAAACAGAACAGUCAUUCGAUUGAAAGGGUCAUGUUGUGGUCCUACAAAACAACGAGCUCAACAGGUUAUCCAAAGGAAUAAGGAUGAGUCCAUAUAAAUGGACUCAAGAGUCCAUUUGCCGGACACAAGAGGAUGAAAAUGAUAAAAAAAUCAACAAAAAACAAUAGCUCCACAUA